AAGGGUAAGAAAGAAAGAGAAGGAGACGGCGAGUUGAGUUUUUUGAAGUGUGGGAGAGAGUCCGAACAAACCUAAGAAACCCAACGUUGGAGAAAGUGAUUCUGGUAUUCUAGAUUCUGGUUUUCUUUUGUUCUGUUAUACGCACAAAACAACAACAGCCUCAGAAACAGAAACCGCAAUGUCGAACGCUAACUUGGAAGAUGUUCCCUCUCUGGAUCUCAUGACUGAGCUCCUUCGUCGCUUCAAGUGUUCCUCCAAACCUGACAAGCGCCUUAUUCUCAUUGGCCCACCUGGAUCUGGUAAAGGUACCCAGUCACCAAUCAUAAAGGAUGAGUACUGCUUAUGCCACUUAGCUACUGGUGAUAUGCUAAGAGCCGCUGUAGCUGCCAAGACCCCUCUUGGUGUCAAGGCUAAAGAAGCUAUGGAUAAGGGAGAACUUGUUUCUGAUGACUUGGUUGUUGGGAUUAUAGAUGAAGCAAUGAAAAAACCAUCAUGUCAGAAAGGUUUCAUUCUUGAUGGUUUCCCAAGAACUGUGGUUCAAGCACAGAAGCUUGAUGAGAUGCUGGAUAAACAGGGAGUGAAAGUUGAUAAGGUGCUCAAUUUUGCAAUUGACGAUGCCGUUCUUGAGGAGCGAAUUACUGGUCGCUGGAUACACCCAUCCAGUGGCAGAACAUACCACACAAAAUUUGCCCCUCCUAAGGUUGCUGGGGCUGAUGAUGUUACUGGCGAACCACUUAUCCAGCGUAAGGAUGACACUGCAGCUGUUCUGAAGUCAAGACUGGAGGCAUUUCAUAGGCAAACUGAGCCCGUUAUUGAUUACUAUUCGAAGAAGGGCAUAGUUGCUAAUCUUCAUGCUGAGAAACCUCCCAAAGAGGUGACAGUUGAAGUAGAGAAAGUGCUGUCUUAAAUAGAAUUCAUCCAUGGAUCCUCGGGCUCGAACUGCAAGUGUUCCUUUUUUUUUUAGGAAAACUUAA